UCGUACCAAGCGAAAUAUUAGCUUACGGCAAACAAGCGGUUAAGAAGUUUGGAGGUUAAGUACCUCCGUGGUAGACGAAACGUCGUGCCACUACUAAUGCGCGAAAUAGCGUGCAAUUACGUGCGGGCGGAAAUUUCGGUCGUGGCAGGUGGCCAGUCACCUUGACCACAUUGCGCCCACGCGAGCCAUCGAACAGACAGAAAUUAUGGCGAAAUAUCUAAUACAAAUUAUCGUGGCCGGCACACAGGUCAUCGGCAAGGCAUUCGCACGUGCGCUACGCCAGGAAAUCGCAGCGAGUCAGGAAGCGGCACGAAGAGCCGGCGGUGGCUCGAGGGGCGCCAAGCAUGUCGCCGCCAACACCAGGACCGGCAUCUCAUUGGAGGAGGCGCUUCGUAUUCUUAAUGUGGAGCGUUCUGAUCAGACAGAAUUGAUUCAACAGAACUACAAGUACCUCAUGGAAGCUAAUGAUAGGUCAAAAGGUGGUUCGUUCUACUUGCAAUCGAAAGUCGUGCGUGCCAAGGAGCGUAUUGACAUGGAGCUGAAAAACCAAGGAAUAUCACCACCAACAACAUCGUCGUCAUCGACAUCGACGACGAACGGUCAAGAACCUUCAAAGCAGUUAUGAAACUCGCCUUCUAGUUUAUAUUUACUUAAUUUCACUUUAGAAAUCUGUACAUAAUAUCGUAUAGUAUAAUUAAUAAAGAAUAAUGAACGUUCUGAUAUAAAUCAGAAGUUUGUUAACAUGGUUGCUGUA